AAAACAUUUCCAAUGAUGUGGUACGCAAUUUUUUAUUGCUACAUUGCUAUUACCACACUAUAUACUACUAUACCCUGCCAAUUAACAGUGCAAACUACCUAUGGCAAAAUACGCGGACUAUCGGAGACUGCUGCGACUGGUAAGCAAGUGAAUGCGUGGUAUGGUGUUCCAUACGCUGAAAAGCCUAUCGGUAAAUUACGUUUUCGCCCUUCGAUUCCACCGCAACCGUGGCAAGAUACUUUGGACGCGACUAUGAUACCUCCCGUCUGUGUGCAAACUAAUCGAAGUUUUCAGUCGCCCGAACAAUACUUUCCCGGCAAAAGAUUGUGGAUUCCUACGCAUCCCUUCAGUGAAGACUGUCUUUAUCUUACCAUUGUCGCCCCGGAUCCAGUCCCGCAGGAUGCAUCAGUAAUGGUGUGGAUACACGGUGGCGGAUUUUACUCGGGGUCUAACUCGCAAGGUUUUUACGAUCAUAAAAUAUUAGCCUCUGAAGAAAAUGUGAUUGUCGCCUCUAUGCAAUACAGAGUUGGUGUUUUUGGAUUUUUAUCUUUAGAAAGGGAAAUAAAUGGAAAUGCAGGCUUGUUUGAUCAAGCAAUGGCAUUGCAAUGGAUCAAAGAUAAUAUAGCGGCGUUUGGAGGUAACCCAAAUAGUAUUACAAUUUUUGGUGAAUCAGCCGGGGCAGGGUCAGUAUCUCAUCAUUUAUUAAGUCCCGUAUCGAGCAACUUAUUCUCUCGUGGCAUUAUGCAAUCUGGCGUUGCCACUGCACCGUGGGCGAUGGCCACGGACGCAAAUAUGGCAAACAGUUUGCAAUUGAUAAAGGCGUUGGGUUGUCCAGAUGAAAUAGACUUAAUGUUAACAUGUUUACAAGAGGCAACUGCUGAUUUAAUAAUUGAAGCACAAGAUACAAUUCCGCGAAGGGGAUUGGUUUCGAUUCCUUUUUUUCCAGUUAUUGAUGGAACGCUUGUCGUGAGACACCCUUUAGAAACUUUACAAAAUGGAUUAUACGAUCCAAAAAAUGUAAUUGUUGGUGUGACCGAAAACGAGGGGAAUUACUUCCUGCUGUACUAUGCCGAACGUUUCAAUAACGAAAACAUUACACUAACACGCGAUAGGUUUCUUGAGGAAAUUCCAAAUACUGUUUUAACCGAUAACCCCAUAGAACUCGAAGCAAUCGUCUACGAAUACACAGAUUGGUCGAAUCCUAAUGAUGGACACAAGAAUCUAGUCGCAUUAGAAAAAAUACUAAGCGAUAAAUACUUCACGUGCAGUUCAUACGAUUUUGCUAAAAGAUUUUCCGAAAGAAACGACCUUUACUUUUAUCUGUACAAACAUCGAAACCCCCAAAACCAGUGGCCUUCGUGGGGAGGAGCUAUGCAUGCAGACGAAAUCGUUUUUGUUUUCGGCGAACCCUUAGAUCCAAGUAAAAAUUACACGAGCGAGCAAAUAGAAUUCAGUCGUCAAAUGAUGCGGUAUUGGGCCAACUUUGCGAGAACUGGAAGUCCAAACUGCGCUUCGGGCGAUUCGUGCGAAAACACGUGGCCUCUGUUUGAACCCGAUAAUCCAAGUUAUAUUAAUUUGGACGUUGACGACUUUUCAGUCACGUCUGGACCGUUGAGGGCUAGACAGUGCGUGUUCUGGGAAAAGUUCCUACCAAAGCUGUUAUCGGAAUGUUGAUGAUCCUACCUCUCUACCAACAUCUUGAAACUAGUGAAUGAACCAUCCUCGUACACCCGCUCGAAAAGUUGUUCUAAUUCUAAUCUAGGAAACAUAAUUAGCAAAUAAUAAAUCACUGAUAAAAAUAAUAGGUACCUAAUUAUUUCAAGAUUGCUAGUUAAUAGCUCUCUGUUCGUCCGUUAACUAAUCA